AUGGCAGGGUACUUCUUCAGUUCUCCAGUCGAUAUUGAUAUUCGUUUGGAAGGGGAGGAGAAUAGAAAGCAAGUGGAGAUUAGACUUGAGAAAGACCGUAAAGAAACCUCCCCUGUUUACUUCGAUGGCGAGUCAAUCGUCGGUCAGGCGACGGUAAGAGUACGUGACGGGAAGAAACUUAUCCAUGAAGGCAUCAAAGUAGAGUUUGUUGGGAGCAUCGAACUCUUUUACGAUCGAGGGAAUCAUCAUGAGUUCCUGUCACUAUCGCAAGAGCUCGCCGCUCCAGGAGAAAUGCGGUCAGCCCAGACGUACGAUUUCCACUUCAAGAACGUCGAAAAGCAGUUUGAGAGUUACCAAGGCAUCAACGUCAAACUACGGUAUCUGCUUCGGGUUACUGUGUCGCGAAGAUUAGCGGAUGUCACAAAGGACCGGGAACUAUGGGUUCAUUCUUACCGCAUGCCACCCGACAGCAAUAAUUCGAUCAAAAUGGAAGUGGGUAUCGAAGACUGCUUACAUAUUGAGUUCGAAUAUAACAAAUCGAAGUACCACUUGAAGGAUGUAAUCGUUGGGAAAAUCUACUUCUUGCUCGUGCGAAUAAAGAUAAAGCACAUGGAACUCUCCAUCAUUCGCAGAGAAACAACAGGCGCUCCCCCAAACCAAUACAACGAGUCGGAGACGAUCACCAAGUUCGAGAUUAUGGAUGGCGCACCUGUCCGUGGUGAAACGAUACCUAUACGACUCUUUUUGGGAGGGUUUGAACUCACCCCAACAUUUCGUGAUGUGAACAAGAAGUUCAGUACCCGGUACUACCUUAAUCUCGUAUUAAUCGACGAGGAAAAUCGGCGAUAUUUCAAACAGCAAGAAAUCACUGUAUUCCGAAUACCAGAGAAUUGAUAGUUUUCCAGCGCUUUAUGCCAGUAUAAUCACUUGGACUUAUAAUAUUGUUUCGUAUGACUUAACUAUGAUCACGCACUUUACAACUGCAACAAGUAUAGUGAAUUUCACAAAAUACAAUAAGGCGAUAAGUCUUGGCU